CCCCCCGGGCCAGGGACCGGGGGCAGCGCCGGAGCCCGGGGGGAGCGCGGCCCCAGGGCUGGGGGCAGCUAAGACGGCCCCGGUCCAGGUGGAGGCCGCAGAGGGCCCAGGGCGGGCAGGGGCAGCAAUGACCGGUCCUGACGGUGGCUGAGCUCCCAGCCCCUGGAAUAUGCAGCCCGGGGGAGCCCCAGGCAGCGGCGAGGACGCGGUGGCGGCGCGGGGCGAGAGGCAUGGUCUCCACCUACCGGGUGGCCGUGCUGGGGGCGCGAGGCGUGGGCAAGAGUGCCAUCGUGCGCCAGUUCCUGUACAACGAGUUCAGCGAGGUCUGCGUGCCCACCACCACCCGCCGCCUCUACCUGCCUGCCGUCGUCAUGAACGGCCACGUGCACGACCUCCAGAUCCUCGACUUCCCGCCCAUCAGCGCCUUCCCUGUCAACACGCUGCAGGAGUGGGCAGACGCCUGCUGCAGGGGACUCCGGAGCGUCCACGCCUACAUCCUGGUCUACGACAUCUGCUGCUUUGACAGUUUUGAGUACGUCAAGACCAUCCGCCAGCAGAUCCUAGAGACGAGGGUGAUCGGCACCUCGGAGACGCCCAUCAUCAUCGUGGGCAACAAGCGGGACCUGCAGCGCGGCCGCGUGAUCCCGCGCUGGAACGUGUCGCACCUGGUGCGCAAGACCUGGAAGUGCGGCUACGUGGAGUGCUCGGCCAAGUACAACUGGCACAUCCUGCUGCUCUUCAGCGAGCUGCUCAAGAGCGUCGGCUGCGCCCGCUGCAAGCACGUGCACGCCGCGCUGCGCUUCCAGGGCGCGCUGCGCCGCAACCGCUGCGCCGUCAUGUGACCGCCCGCCCGCCGCCCCGGGCACCGAGGCUGCUGCCCGGAC